AUGUCGGGCGAGAAUGCUCCCAAGGAGGCCAAGACUGGCAUGACAGAGGACGGCAAAGCGUUGGGCGCUCCGCUGGAGCCUCUCAGGUCCAGGGGGAAAUGCUCAGACUGGGCAGACGGAGAGACCAAUGCAGCGACUGCGAGCAAUCAGGCGACACUAUGGGAAGACGAUUGGGAUGACGACGACAUUGAUGACGAUUUCAGCAAGCACUUGAGGCAUCAGCUCGAUGCUUCUGCUAGCAAGGAUGCAAAGAUGACUGCGUGA